GGUGCUCCAAGCCCCAGGACCCCAGGAUGGGCGCAGAGGUGGGUGCUCUGUAACCAAGGGCCACCACCGGGUGGGGUAGGGUGGUGUGGAUGGGUUGUGCUGAUGCGGAGUUACAUGGUGGGUGGGAGCACUGGAGUGGCCGCUCCCACCCUCAGGAGGGCGUGUUCUCCAGAGGCCCUCCCCCUGUUGGAAUCCACGCCCUUGGGGGCAGCUGCUGGAAAGAAUUUGCAAGCUGGGGGCUGACCUCGCCCCACUUGCAAGGAAAGUCCGGCCAGUGCCCCUCAGCUCUGCAGGACCCAGCUCUCUCCAGCCCUGGCUUUGAGGCCCAGGAAGGGGGCGUCUUCAGGCAGCCCCAGCCCUGCCUCCCCUCCUGGUGCCCUUGCUUCCGUAUCCUCAGGUUGGGCUGAGGUCAGACCGGGACACAGGAGAAAGGAAGAGUGGCUGGAGGGGUUCCUCCUGCAGCUGGGCUUCUCUCCCUGAGCCUGUGGACCUCAUGUUCCCAGGGCAAGGUUCCAAGGGUGGUCCUGGGACCCUCUGACCCUGACACAGCCCCUCAGCUUGCCCUUGCCAGGAGGGGUCCUGCAGUUAGAAGAGGCUCCUUCUCCCCUUCUCCCCUCAACUAAGCUGUGUCACUGGCCAUCCCUGGCCUUCUCUGAGCCUCAGAACUUCAUGCUGAAGCUUCCAACCUUGACACAGGGUGGGGUGGGGUGGAGAGCUGAGGGAGCCACAGGGCAUGGCCAUCAGGCCUCUGCCCACAUCCCUGAGGCUGACCUCCACUCCCACCCCCAGUAUGGCAUUGUCCUGGAUGCUGGCUCUUCCCACACAUCCAUGUUCAUCUACAAGUGGCCGGCAGACAAGGAGAAUGACACAGGCAUCGUGGGCCAGCACAGCUCCUGUAAUGUGCACGGUGGGGGCAUCUCCAGCUAUGCAGACAACCCUUCCGGGGCCGGGCAGAGUCUUGUCAAAUGUCUGGACCAGGCGCUUCGGGACGUGCCCAAGGAGAGACACGUGGGCACGCCCCUCUACCUGGGAGCCACGGCAGGCAUGCGCCUGCUCAAGUGAGUGUGCCCACCCCCUGACCUUCCUGGUCCCGGGUCCCCACAACAGCCCCGGCACAGGGUGGGCCCUGCACGCCCUCAGCAGAAGCCCUGGGCUGGGCCCCCUUGGCCGGUCAGGCAGACACCGUGCUCCCCAGCAGCAAGAUCACAGCCGCCUGGGAAGAUGCACCUCAGAGUCCUCCUUGUGUCACAGCCUGACCAGCCCAGAGGCCUCGGCCAAUGUGCUCGCGGCUGUGACUCAGACGCUGACCCAGUACCCCUUUGACUUCCGCGGUGCCCGCAUCCUCUCAGGCCAGGAAGAGGGGGUGUUUGGCUGGGUGACCGCCAACUACCUGCUGGAGAACUUCAUCAAGUAUGGCUGGGUGGGCCGGUGGUUCCGGCCAAGGAAGGGGAUGCUGGGGGCCAUGGACCUGGGGGGCGCCUCCACACAGAUCACCUUCGAGACAGCCAGCCCAGCUGAGGAUCCAGCCAACGAGGUCCAGCUGCGGCUCUAUGGCCAGCAUUACCGCGUCUACACCCACAGCUUCCUCUGCUAUGGCACUGACCAGGUCCUCAAGAGGCUGCUGGCUGGAGCCCUCCAGACCCACAGCUCCCACCCCUGCUGGCCGAGGGGCUACUUCACCCAAGUGCAGCUCCAGGAUGUGUAUGGGUCGCCGUGCACGGCUGCCCAGCGGCCCCCGACCUUCAACAGCAGCGCCAAGGUCAGCGUGUCAGGGAGCAGUGACCCGGCCCUCUGCCGCAGCCUCGUCUUGCGGCUCUUCAACUUCUCCUCCUGCGGCUUCUCCCGGUGCUCCUUCAAUGGCAUCUUCCAGCCCCCUGUGGCUGGGAACUUUAUCGUGAGUCCAAGGGCCAGGGGUUGGGGGCUGGUGCCUGGGGACCGGUGCCCUGAAGCACACAGGGUCUGGUCGCGGUGUGACUGUACCCCCUCGCAGGCCUUCUCUGCUUUCUUCUACACCAUGGACUUCCUGACGACUGUGAUGGGGCUGCCUGUGGCAACCCUGCGGCAGCUGGAAGCAGCCGUGGUCACCAUCUGCAACCAGACGUGGAGUGAGCUGCAGGCUCGGGCGCCGGGGGAGGGGGCCCACUUGCCCAACUACUGCGCCGCGGCCACGUUCGUGCAGCAGCUGCUAAGCCGGGGCUACGGCUUCGACGAGCGCGGCUUCAGCUCAGUGACCUUCCAGAAGAAGGCCGGGGACGCCGCGGUCGGCUGGGCGCUCGGCUACAUGCUGAACCUGACCAACCUGAUCCCCGCCGACCCGCCGGGGUUGCGCAAGGGCACGGACUUCAGCUCCUGGGUCGUCCUCCUCCUGCUCUUCGCCGCCAUGCUCGUGGCCGCGCUCGUCCUGCUGCUGCGCCAGGCGCGCUCCGCCAAGUCGGCGAGCGCCAUCUAGGGGCGGACUGGGAGCCCCAUAUCCCCCCAUCCUUCAGCCCCACCCCACCCUCGACUUCUCCGCUCCUAAUGCAGCCCCGGGCCGAGACCGGGACUCCGGCGCCCACGGCCACACGGGGCCGGAAUGGGUGAAGGGAACCGAAUCCUGCCCCUCCUGCCCGCUCCAGCUUUGGUUUCGCCUCAAGGCCUCGUGCUCCUCCUCCUCUUACUGGGGGUGGGGGAUUCAGACACCCCACAGCCCUCGGCCUGGGACUGCAGGGCUGGGUCUCCAGGGAGUGCAGCCUUUAUUCUGAUAAUCAGGGCUCUCAGAGUCCCCUCCUACCCCCACCCUCCGGAGUCCCAGUCUGUAUUGGGGCGGGGAGUCAGAGCCGACAGGCUGGGAGCCAGCCCAGCACCUACUUGUAAACAUUUGUAAUAAAGAGUUUUUCCUACA